GACAACAAUCGGAUAACCCAUGAAAAGCGGGUGGGCUUUGCUCCAGCCCGACUGUCGACCCAUUCGAACAAGCAUUUUCGAUUCUGCAAUGGCGUUUGCGCCUAAAAUUCUAAACCUCUCUUUCUGCAAAUCUUCGCAUCGUCUUGCUCUCUCAAAUCUCAAUUUGUUCAAACGACCGUUCUCAUCUCUCACUUUGUUAGAAACGCCCGUUCUCUGUGAAAACCAUUCCAGGGUUCAUUAUCUUCUCGAAGGUCCCUCCAAAACGGUGUCGUUCUCUUGGUUUCACGGUUUCAUUAGUUUCUUUGCAAUUGAAGCCCUUCUUCGUUGUUGGGUUUAAGAGAUCUCCAAUCAAUUUUGGUUGGCGGCUCUUUCUGUUUUCGAAGCUUGGUUUAGGACGUAACUUCCUAUCUUCGAAGAUUUUUCUGAGAGAAUUGAUUUGUCUUUCUGAGCGUGAGUUAGGGUUCGUUAACUAUAUAAGUUGGUCUUGGCGAGGCUGAUGAAUAGCAUAUUCAGUGAACAGUUACUUGCAGACAAGUUCUCCAAGCUUAACAGCACCCAGCAGUGCAUCGAAACAUUGUCACACUGGUGUAUAUUUCACCGAAGUAAAGCAGAAGUGGUUGCUGCAACAUGGGAUAAACAGUUCCACAUUUCGGAGAUGGUUCAGAAAGUUCCUCUUUUGUACCUAGCAAAUGAUAUCCUUCAGAACAGCAAGCGGAAUGGAAAUGAAUUUGUUACUGAAUUUUGGAAAGUUCUCCCAGCAGCACUCAAAGAUGUCGCUGAGAAAGGUGAUGAUCGUGGCAAAAAUGUCGUGUCUAGACUGGUAGCAAUAUGGGAGGAAAGGAGAGUAUUUGGCUCCCGUGCUCGCAGCCUCAAAGAUUUGAUGCUCAGUGAAAAUGUGCCUCCACCCUUGGAAUUAAGCAAAAAACGUUCACGCUCACGCUCUGUCAGAAUUGUAAAACGGGACUCACGCUCCAUUAGAACGAAGUUGUCCAUUGGAGGUACUGCUGAAAAAAUAGUAUCAGCAUUUCACUUGGUACUCAGUGAACUACCGAAAGAAGAGGUGGAUAUGAGUAAUUGCAAUUCUGCUGUUCACCGUAUAAGAAAGAUGGAGAAAGAUGUUGACAUAGCUUGUGCUAAAGCAAAGGACCCAAAAAGAAAAACCUUGGCCAAAGAGCUUGAGGAGGGAGAAAGUCUUUUGAAGCAGUGCAUUCAGAAACUUAAAUCAGCUGAAGCAAGUAGAGCGGCACUUGUAUUUCAGCUAAAAGAAGCUCUACAUGAACAGGAAUCUGAAUUGGAGAAUGUUCGUACUCAGAUGCAGGUAGCAGAGGCGCAGGUUGAGGAAGCCAGCAAUAUGCGGGGAAGACUCAAUGAUGAAGAUUGGGUUUCAAAACCAUCUAGUUUAGCCUCAUCACCAGUUGACGUUAAUGUGAAAGCAGGACAAACCCCAGGGAGGACAGCUGCGGCCAUUGCAGCUGAGGUUGCAGAUAAGCUUACAGCUUCAAGCUCCUCACAAAUGAUUAUGCACUCUGUUCUUUCUACAUUUGCGGCUCAAGAAGCAAAGAAUGCUGGUUUAACAAAGGCCUCAUCAGCAUCGAAUUCAGCCACAUCUAUAGUCACCAGUUCAGCCUCUGAUUCAGCACCAAGGUCCGAAAAAUCCUUGCCUGUUUCAGAUCCCCAUAUUUUCAUGCCAGUGCCAUUUAGUGCUCCACCAAACCAUUCAUAUCAAUCAGUUUUAGUUCCCCAACCAACUAUGCAAAACCAAGUCUCAGCCCAGCAAGCUCAAUAUCACAUACUUCCAACUCCACCUUCUCAACAGUAUCUGCAGCCAUCUGCAGGGCUAAUGACGCCAUUUGGAUAUACAAACAUCCCAACUUUUCCUCAAGGACCGCCGCCGCCACCACCUCAUAUGGUCAGCCCGAUGGUGCCUUUGGCCAUGCAGCAGCCAUUGUCGUUGCCUCAGCAGCCAAACCCAUUGAUUCAGCAAGCCCCAGGACCUCCUAGUUUCCGGCCGCUUCAACCUCCUGGGGUAAUAUACUAUGGUCACCCUCACCAUUCUUGAGAAAAAGGAAAGGAUGGAGCUAUUUCUUUAGUUUGCUGAUGGCGGCAUACCUUAAUGACCCAGUUUUCAGCCAGAAUCAAUCUGGAAAAUUUUGAAGUUCUAUUCAUGCCACCUAGGUUGCUGAAAAGCCCAAGACCGAGACUAUACACAGCAUAUAGAAGUCUGACAACGAUGUAACUCAUUUGCCUCUGUCUUGAAUCUUGAUAAAGCAGAGACGUGAACUUUGUACGUCAUGAAUUUUCAUCCAAUGCUUCAGCUACAGUAUUCUUUGCAAACUCUCCUAGAGGGGGUGGACUUCGUUCCUUGAGAAAGAUAAGCUGUCUCCUUGGUUGCUGCUUCAAACAGUUCGUGCAACUUCCACUCUGGCAUCUGAUUGUAGCGGGCUAUGCCAUAAUCACCUAUGUUUGAGCUAAUACCUCCUGAGGCAAUGUUGAUGACGUGAAUCCCCGAAGGCCUGCAGUCCCAAUCUGCGUAUUCAAAAAGAAAAUUUAAAGAAAAUGUUGACGACAUGCAUGCAUGAAAGAAUGGUGAAAGUGAAUCAACAUAAUGGAGUCAAAUUUAUUUAUGCUUUGAUGAUGAUGAUGUUAAUGUUUUUCAUAUGUAUUAUGUAAUUGGAAACGCUGCUAUUAACAAUGUAGAAUACUUUUUUUUGGUAAUCGGGAAUGAAACUAUUUAAGCAUA